AUGGCUGAGAAAUAUCCUGAAAUAGACGUCGACGCCAAUGAUCAGGAGCUUGGAGGCGACUUUUUGGCCAGAGAGAGCGAGCUUUUGGGUGACGAAUUCAAGACAGAUCAGGAUAAGGACGUUCUUGAAGAAAGCGACGGCGACGCCGAGAUCAACGACUUUAAGGAACAAUUCCCAGAGGUUGAAGGUUCAGCCAAUGUGGUGGCUCAGCAAGAAGCCGAGCAGCAAGAGGACGAGGAGGAUGAGUUUGAAGGUUUCGACUCUGCUCCAAGUGCUACCAGAGACUUGAGUGAGUCUGAGCCUUUGAAGGAGUGGAAACAACGCAGAGAUCUUGAAAUUGAAGAAAGAGAGAGCUCGAACUCCAAGAAGAAGGAGGAUAUUAUUAGCAAAGCUCAGCAAGGCAUUGACGAUUUCUACGACAACUACAACAACAAGAGAGAGCUGCACGCAAAGGACAUUUUGAAGGAGCAGGAAGAGUUCUUGGAAAAGAGAGACAAGUUUUUGUCCAGAGGUACUUUGUGGGACCGUGUCAACGAGUUGGUUGGCGAGGUGGGCGAAUUGCCUGAAGAUAACCGUGACAAGACCAGAUUUAAGGGCUUGUUGAACAAGUUGAAGGGUAAGGAGAACGUCCCAGGUGCUGGUGGCUACACGGCCGAGUAA